UUGAAGCAAAAACUGAAUCUUCAACAAGAAAACAAUGACAAAGUCAGCAAGUUGUUUAUGGGUGACAUGUCCUAUUAUAAUCGGUGCUGGCCCUUCAGGUUUAGCCACUGCUGCUUGUCUCAAACAGAAAGGUAUCCCUAGCUUAAUCCUCGAGAGGGCUGAUUGCAUAGCUUCCUUGUGGAAGCUAAAAACCUAUGAUCGUCUUCACCUUCACCUCCCAAAGCAUUUUUGUGAGCUACCUCUUCUGGGGUUCCCUUCAGAUUUCCCCACCUACCCAACCAAAAAUCAAUUUCUUGAUUACUUAGAGUCAUACCAGAAUCAUUUUGGUUUAGAACCAGUUUUUAAUAAGGUUGUAGUGAGUGCAGAAUUUGACCAUCGACAUGGGGCUUGGCGAGUCAUGACGUCGGGACCGGAACAAGAACAAAUUGAGUAUGUGUCACAGUGGCUUAUUGUGGCCACCGGGGAGAAUGCUGAUGAAGUGAUGCCGUUUAUCGAAGGAAUGAAUGAUUUUGGUGGGCCUGUAAUUCACUCAAGCUCCUACAGGAAUGGAAGAUCGUAUGAAGGAAAAGAUGUUUUGGUGGUUGGGUGUGGGAAUUCAGGCAUGGAGGUUGCUUUGGAUCUUGCCAACUUUAAUGCUCGCACAUCACUCGUUGUUAGGGACUCGGUGCACGUCUUGCCUCGUGAAAUGCUAGGAAUAUCAACAUUUGGAUUUCUGGUGCAGAUGAUCAAGUGGUUCCCCAUUCGAUUCGUGGAUCGAUUUGUGCUUCUUAUGUCGCAUUUGGUGCUCGGAGACAUUGAAAAAUUGGGAUUUCGUCGUCCCAAAAUCGGUCCACUGGAACUGAAGAACGUAUCCGGAAAGUCACCUGUUUUGGAUGUUGGGACGGUAGCAAAGAUCAAGAGUGGAAACAUUAGGGUGUAUCCGGGAAUAAAACGGAUAACGUUCCUAGGGGCUGAGUUUGUGGACGGAAGGAAGGAGAGGUUCGAUGCCAUAAUUCUUGCCACUGGUUUCAAAAGCAACGUCCCCCAGUGGUUGAAGGGGGCAGAUUUGUUUUCGGAGAAGGAUGGGAUGCCAAGGCAGCCAUUCCCCAACGGGUGGAAAGGAGAAGAUGGGUUAUAUGCAGUAGGGUUUACGAGGCGUGGUUUGCUGGGUGCUGCCUUCCAUGCCACAAAGGUAGCCGAAGACAUUGAGCUUCAAUGGAGAGCUGAGGCCCCCAUGUUGGUUGACUUUAGCACCGCACUGUCACUAUGAUGCUC